GUGGUUAUUUUACUUUGUUCACCAGUGUGCGCCGUGGGCUUCCUUCCAGCAAGCGCCGAUCGCGAGUGUUAUGGUGUUCCGUAGUAUUUUUUUUUCGGUUAUACAUAACACCGUAAAUAUAAAAUAAAAUUGCGCUAAAUUUGUCCACAACGAAGAAUAUACCAUGCAAGUCACAAAGACAGCAUUAAGUUAUGUGAUUAAAAUAACUAUGUGAUUGAAGUUAUGUGCACAUAUUAGUGACAAGUUUUUGUGACAGUUAAGUUUACUCAAGUGGAUUGUGAUACAACAUGGGAGCGUGAGGUUCAGGAGUGGAUUAUGUUUAGAAAGUUAUUAGGUGUCAAUGAGAAGAUGGGGGCACAGUGGCGGCUUUCACCGUUUACUCUACUGGUGAUUUGUGCAGCAUUGACGACGGCACAGAGCAGCGAUGAAGAGCCACACGACACUCGAGAAGGCGAUGACGUCACGCUGCAGUGUCGUUUUUCCCCCGAGCGACACCUGAGCGAGUCGCCUGCUUACUACUGGCUGCGAAACACCGCCGCUGGCCAGGACAAUGUGGCCAUUGGGAACCUCUCUCUGGGCUCCAACUACAGGAUCUCAUUCGUGCCUUCGGAAGGGCGGUACGACCUGCUGCUGUCCAAUGUGUCCUACGACAGAGACAACGGCCGCUUCGAGUGCCGAGUGAAGGCUGGAGGCUCCGGCCGCACUCUUCAUGCACAAAUCCACAUGAUCACGGUGCUGACGCCGCCGCGCGCGCCCUUGCUCACUCCCGGCGCGCAGGCUUUCGGCCUGGAAGACAAGGAGCUCAACCUCACGUGUUCCACGUCAGGAGGUUCGCCUGAACCCAGCGUCAAGUGGUACCGAGACGGGUCGUCAUACCCCUUGGAAGCAAUAACAACCCACGCGAAGUCACGUGACGAGGCUACCAUCGCGACCCUGCGCCUAAUGCCUAAGAAAGAGGACGAUGGUGCCAUCUUCCGCUGCGUGGUGUCCAAUCGCGCCCUGCCGCAGGGGCAACAACUUGAUUCCAUGCUCAAACUUAGCGUUAAUUAUUAUCCUAGAGUUACUGUAGUGCCUGAAAAUGAACUUCGAGUAGGAAUCAACGCAACUGCGACGCUGGAGUGCCAUGUAGAUUCAAAACCAACUGUCAAUUCAGUAACAUGGUAUAAAGAUGGCAAAUUCGUUUCCGAUGUUUUCGUGCACACAAUCACUGGAAUAACCAAACAGGAUGCCGGCAAAUACACGUGCAGCGCUGAUAAUGGAUUGGGUCGUCCUGGAGAGAAAGCUGUCGUCCUAGACGUUCUGUUCCCACCUACUGUCACGGUGAAAUCAAAAACCUACGAGGCCGAAGAGGGAGGCAAUAUUGAAGUCAUUUGUGAAGUGCUGUCAAACCCCAAGCCAAGUACAGUAGAGUGGACGAAAGAAAAUGAGCCAGAUUUCCGGCAGUAUGGAAAUAUCUUGUUAUUAAAUAGAGUAAACGCGGACACAGCGGGAACUUAUACGUGUCGCGCGACGAAUGUGAUGUCGAUGAGUGACGGGAAGCGUCAGGAGCGGUCCAGUAGUGCGUCUGUGGUGGUGCUGGUGCGCCACAAGCCAGGCCGCGCAAUCAUCAGCCCCGCUGAACCAAAGGCGCUCGAAGGCACCCCCCUCAUCCUCACCUGCAGCGCCGAGCCCCCCGGCUGGCCUACCCCGCAGUAUCGCUGGUUCCACAACACAGAUUCUUUCGGAAAUCCUAUUGUCCUCGGCACUUCAAAUCAGCACAAAAUCGACUCUGUCCAACUCAAAGAUGAGGGAUCAUACAGUUGCCAAGCAUCAAACGAACUAGGACAUGCGGAAGAAGCCUCUGUCAUGCUUGAAGUACUCCAGCCUCCUCGAUUCCAAGCGAAGCUCCAAACCCACAUGAAUAAAAUCGCGGGAGAAGAAAACUUUGCGAUUUCAUGCACUGCUAUAGCCAAGCCGAGAUUAGAUGUGAUCUGGCUUAAAGACAUGAAGCAAAUAGACCCUGAUCUUAAUUUGUAUGAGAUUAAAAACGAAGUAUCUGAAGGAGCUAAAUCUGUUUUUACAGUACAAAGUACCCUUCGAUUUGUGGGUACUGCCAGACCUAAAGGUGAUGAUUUGAUACCUGCCGACCAUGGCAGAUAUACCUGUGAGUUCACCAAUGGCAUUCAACCUAUAAACGCAACGAUGCAUCUUCGUAUAGAACAUGAACCGAUACUUGUUCAAACACAAGACAGAGUGGCUUUUGACCUGGCAGAAGUCGCCAAAAUAUCGUGUCGAGUGAACUCUUAUCCGAAACCAGAAUUCCAGUGGUUCUAUGGAACAAGCAGCGCUCCAUUGCAAUCCACUUCCGAAGGUCACCACCAGAUCGAUGUUAGUUCCGAUGAAAAUGAGUCUUAUUUGACUGUAUUGAAGAUACAUGGAGUUAAAUCUAGAGAUUAUGGAGAUUAUUAUUGCCAAGUGAAAAACACGUUGGGUAUGAUUCGGCCUAAGAUUCGAUUGCAGCCAAAAAGUGCGCCCGAAACGCCUCAAAAGUUAGUAAGCGACGACGCAGGCCCCUCCUACGUGACGCUGAAGUGGGAAGCUGGUUUUAAUGGAGGGUUGCCUAGCACUAAGUACUUUGUGCGGUAUCGUCGAAUCCCGCGAAAGUCGGACGGGCAGGCGGGAGACCACUGCUCCUCAAAACCUUCUGACUUCGACUGGAUGGAGUUUGACUGCGGCCGCCAAAACCCUUGUAACGUCACACAGCUGACCUCUAACAACCAUUACAUAUUUCUUGUGAAAGCAUUAAAUCCAAAAGGCCAAAGCAACUAUUCGAACGAAGUAACAGUAACAACGAAGGUGGACACUAUAGCGCCCCCCGGACAAGUGACGUACGACCCCAGCUCCAAGCAGCUAGUGUUCAGCGUGUCUGGGACCUGUCUGUCGCUCGUGGGGGUUGCAGAGGGCCUCACCAACAGUUGGCAGGUGAUAGACACAGUGCCAAUCCAGCUGUCAGGCGGCAUGAGCUCGGUGGUGGAAGCUGCGCUGGAGCCGCCUGCGCCGGCGCGGCGGGGCGCGGCGCUCGACGACCUCAACCCCCGCGUGCGGCUCAAGCUGUGUCUCAGGGUCAACCCCGAAGUCUGCAGCGAAUAUACUGAGGCUGAGAUCGGCCAGUCCUACAUCAAGCAGACAUCAGGUUUCCUCGGCCCCGCAGCCAUGAUCCCCCUGGUCUGCGUCAUCGUCAUAGCUAUAGGCCUGAUCGUCAUCGUCGUCACCUGGCGGUGCCGCAAGAUGACGGACAAAAACCGCGAGAGCCCCAGCAAAGAUUACGAGAUGAAUGUCAUGGGGUCCCCUAUGAGUCCCAACCAGGCCCCACCACCAUACUACCAGUCGACAGGCAUGGAGAAUAAAGCCCUGGAACAUUCAAUGGACUUAGCACUGGAAGACUCGAAGAAUGCUGUAUGUCCUCUAGGCGAUUACGGGUACCACGGCAUGCCCCAUGUUCAGUGUCAUUCUGGACAAAACAUGCCUAAUUCGGAAUGGAGCAACAACAUGUAUUUGGAGAACAGCUACACGAACAGUAACAACGGGGGCAGCGUGAACUCCCACGAUUCGCUGUGGCAACUUAAGAUGGCUGCCGGCAACAACGGCAAUAUGGCGCAUCCAAUCAUCGACCGGCAGAAUAACUAUGCGUACGAUCCUAUGCCGGGUGGCUACGAUACGAUACAGGACUACGCGCCGUAUCCACACUUAGCGCAUGCACAGCCAGCCCCCGCAGACUACAACCUUCGCGGCAGUCAGAACCCUUCGCGACAGGACUUCUGUUCUGACCCCUAUGCGUCCGUACACAAGCCUAAGAAACGCAUGGACCAACACAUUGAAUCCCCGUACCACGAGGUGAGCGGGCUGCCCGAGGCGUUCUCGGACGCGGGCGCGGACGACAAGCCGCCGCACCUGUCCAUCAACUACGACGACUCGCUCGAGUCCGGCUACUCCACGCCCAACUCCCGCGCACGACGCGUCAUCAGGGAGAUCAUCGUGUGAUUAUACUUACACUAAUUAUAUCGAAUCGCGUCUCCACCGAGUGAAAAUUAUCAUAUAUCUUUGUAUCCUCAAUCAACAACAAUCAUUUAAUUGUCUCCACAUUUGGGGCAUUGGCUUUUCUAAUGGACGGACAAAUGUCACUAAUUCUUGAGAAAAAAAUCCUUGGCGGAGAAGCUCCACAACAUCCGCCGCGUGACUCAACAUCGUACCUAACUUAACGCGCAUUCAGCCUGUUUCAAUAACAUACCUUGCGUAGAUAUGAGUGUGAGUGAAAUAGUAGGUUAAAUACACAUCACGACUCUGCUUCACGCAGCGGACACAAAAGCUAUAGAAAUAGUUUUUACUAUAACUUUAAUUAGUAAGCGUCAUAUACAUAUAGUUAUGAUUGCGAACCCCGAUCGAAUCUAAAGAAUCUCGGUAUAAUCUUUUCUAUAUUAUUUUCUAUUUAAUCUAUAUUAAUGUUCUUAUUUGAUAUAUUGAAAAUAAGGUAUCUCUGAAUCUUAAAAGACUGCGCCGUAAAUAUCAUAAAAUAAUAUAGUGUACUUACUCAUUGAUGUCUACUUAAAAGUAUGGCCCAGUCUUAUAUAAGUUGGUUAAUUAAUAAUAAAAACUUAAUUUUAAUGUUUUUACUCGUAAAUCUUUGUGUAAAUAUUUAGGUUGUUGUGGCGUAUGUUGUAUGAAGUGAAACUUUUCUAUGUGCUAUAUAGAAAUAACGUGUAUUGAUUAACAGGGUGGAACCCUCAGCCAAAUCGACUGUUGCUGGAAUAAUAUCAUAUACAUCUCUAAGAAUAAUUUAAACUGUCAAUUUUCUGCGACAUAUAAAUUUGGUGGGUGUAAUAUUAAAUAUACAUACAUGAAAGGAUCUGAAAAUUUCCAACAUGUAUGAUUAGUUACAAAACAUUUGUAUAGAUAAACCUGUGACUAUGACUCGGUAUAUUGGUAACGUAUUGAUGCAAUAUUGUAAUUAUACAAUGCUCUACGACUACAUCGACUACGGUAUGCCGGGUACUUAGUUGAAUUAAAACUGAUGCUCUCAAAAGGUGUUUGAGGUAUAGAACUACUGGAAAAGGGUGAAAUUUUAUGACUGUAUAAUUUUAUUCAUCAAAUAAAUUGAAACGUAACUACUUAAUAAAAAUAGACUAAUUUAUUUGUCUGGUACUUUAUACCAGUUUUCUCUGUUGUUGCCGCAAAAAUAUCUUUCUCACUGCGAUUCUUUAAACAACUCAAAAUUUCACAUGUAUUUUUUAUCUUAUUUUUCUUGAAUAUUUAAAUAUACUGUGGAUGUAACGUAGUCAAUCCUUAUCUCGAUUGGGACUGUUAUGUAAGUAGAUAGAAAAUGUAUGUACAUAGUUAGAAAUAGGGAAAUACAUUCAUUGUUAAUGGAUUGUUAAUGGAUCUGUAUGUAAGUUUGAAUUUGAUGUAGAAAAUCUCCGUUGACUUUGAAAAAUUCCAGAAACUACGAUCCACAUGAGUCUAGAUAAGUAUGUACUAUCUAAUGGGGGUAUCGAUUCUUCGCACAUUAGCGCUAUUGUCGAGCAAGAUCCUAUUCAAUAUAACUGACAUUGAAAUAAAACUAGUGACCCGUCCCGGCUUCGCUUAGGUAAAACCAUAAUAUUAUAUACACCAAAACCUUCCUCGGGAGUCACGCUAUCUAUUUAAAAAACCCGCAUCAAAAUCAAUUGCGUAGUUUUGAAGAUCUAAGCAUACAUAGGGAUAGACACCGGGAACCGAUUUUGUUUUAUACUAUGCAGGUGACAUUGCGCACACGUGCAAACACAAACUUUGCGUUGGACCUUGCUCUACACCCGCGCCACUUGCGGCGAAUUCAAUCGCGUUAGCCUCAUUGGAGUACGUUUGCCACACAAAAGUUAUCUUGAGAAUUUGUAGCGAAUGUAGUAUAUGUUUUCGAUCAAAUUGGUAGUAACAAUAUUUGAUAGACAAUAACUUAAUCAUUUUUAUUAUUUGACUCAAUGAAGCUUGGAAGUGUCUACUACGCUCACUCACUCACUAAAGUGUCGCAUGUCGCCACAAAAUCUCACUGUAAUUUUUGCUACCUGUAAGAAAUUGUCUUUAUUAUUCCUGACGAGCGUACUGAUUAUCGCCUUUUUGUUUUUAUACUAACAUUGUUUAGGUUAACUAUAAGUCUGGUAUCUUAAAAAAAACAAUAUUCGAUUAAUUAUACGUGCAUUAAAUUGAUUGUGGAUUUGACUAGCAUUUAUAUAUAUUUGUGUUAAAACUGAAUUUGUAUUAUGAAAAGGUCUCAAGUCAUUUUGAUCGUCAGCAGUUAAUGUUUGAAUGACAUAAUCAAGACAUAAUUUUACUGUUGGAUCAUGCUUUCGCGUCUUAAUUUUAUUAUUUGAUUGGUUACAAUCUGGUUUAUAAACCAAACUUCAUCACAAAAAUGAGUCUGUAAACUUUAUUUAGAAUUUUUGAAAAAAAGUUUCAGUCGGGACAGUUCAAACUGAUCAAUAGUAUAGUUCAACUGGCCUCGAAGAUGACUGUGCUUAGGAAGUAUUUAACACAUGAACACUGUUUAUAAUAUGUAUCCAAUUGGAUUGUAGAUGCGAGUAUCAUGCACAAUUUGAAAAUACUGUAGUCAUAAUAUAAUACUUAUAGCAGAUUAUUGAUAGCUCUUAUAAGAAUUCAGUUCGAUCAUGAGUACUUUACAUAAUUAUAAUAAUAUACACGUACAACGAUGCUAUUCUAGUUUUCAUAUUCGCUAGUUAGAUACUAAUAGGUGCCUCCUACCUUUUAAAGCAACGCAGUAGUUGAUCUCGCAAUUCAAAUGAUUUUAUUAAUUAAUUACUAUUAUUACUAUUAAAUUUGCUAAAAUAUAUAAUUAACUCAAAGCUAAAUUUAGUGCCAAUAAUUUAGAUUAACGUACUUAAUAUAUUUUUUACAUUUUAUAUUUUUCAAUAGACAAAUACAAAUUCUACUGUCAACUACUUACCUUGUCAACUGUUUACCAUCGAACUAAAAUAGGAGAAAAAUAUAUUGUUUACUGACUACUCAGAUCUAGUCAAUGAGUGGCUAAAGGGCAUGACCCAUCACUUCAUUGACUCAAAAUGGUAACCAAUUUUAUAUGUGAGACUGUUUUUAUUUAACUCCUUUUGAGUUUAGUACUUAGGUAAUCUAAUUUAUUUCUCUCAUGCUGUGGAUCAUGACCUCAAAGAACAUUUUAAUUUUUUAUUUUUGUGCCAACUACUGCUAACGACUGUUUUGAACGUAACGUCCACACCGAAACAAAAACCUUGGGUAGGCUAAUCGUAAUAAAAAAAAACCUAUGUACUCAAAUCAGGUUAACUAUAGAACAUAGUUAACCUGAUUUAUUAAAUUAGUGAAUUGAACGGACCCACCUUUAAGAAAUUGUACAAUUAAGUAUGUUCAUAGACAUUAUAAAAACAUAAUUUAAUUGACAUGAAUAUGUCGCAGCCGACUAUAAUAUAAAUAUAAAUAUAUGUGGAUGUAUGGAUAUGUUCUUUUUUAUUUAUAGGACUAUAUUAGUAGCUAUUUAGUUAAAUAUAGGUUAUGUAUGAAAUAAAGUAGUUAUUUUACCAGGUGGUGAUAGCAUACUUACUUGAAAUGAAUUAUAUUUUUAUACCUACAUUUAUAUUGUAAAAGAUUUACGUCAAUGUGCUCAGUCUCAAUAUUUCAAUUUUGCAAUCAAUUAUUUUUUAAUGAUAAAAAAAAAUGAAAAAAUGUGCUCAAUUUUAAUAUAUAUAUAUAAUUUUACUCAAUUAAUGAUAAUGAUACUGCUGAAUUGUUGUUACAAAUGGGUCCCGAUUUAUUUACAUCUUUGUAAAAUGUGUUUAUCUCGUAUUUAUGGGGCCAAGUAUUUUAUAUUAGAUCAUAAAAACUUAGUAUGACACAGUUUUGCCAUAACGCAUUUUUAUUUUAUUACGUAUCUAAGAUCUGUAAAUAUUUAAAACAUAAGAUUUAGUUGUAAUAAUUAAGGAAUUAUUUUAAAAUAAAUGUUGUUAGAGCAUUA